CCUUGAAACCGCUGCUGCCGGAUCUUCCAAGCCUUUUUCGAACCUCGACAGAGACGAGGUUUUGAGAUCUCUCACCAUGGCGGAGCACGCAGAGCUGCUCGGAUACAUCAAGGCGACGGGCCGCCCCGGCGACUUGUCCACCUACAGGGGCAAGAACGUGGCCUUUCACGUGAGCGCCAACACAGAAACCAGAUGCGCUUUUCAUUGCGCACAUACGUGUGCCUUUUGCGCGUUUUUCGUUUCGCCUGGGCGCCGAGGUGAUCUUCACGGUGCGUGAGCACGGAAGGGCAUCUUUCUCGUGUGCAGGCGGCGAAAAGGCUGCUGGAGAACUUGGUGUUUUUCUCGCUUGCAGGCCGCUGGCGCCAAGGACCUUCGUCAGGUCGUGACGGACUCAUCUGCAGUGGAGGAGCUGAUAGAGAGCGCCGUGAAGCGCCUGACCAUGUUCAAGACAGAGUUCAACAUCAAGCCGGUCAGGCAGCUAGCAAGACUGCCUGCCCGCAGACGCGUCCCAGUCAAUGCUGCUGUUCUCUCUCUGUAGGUUGUGUGUUUCGAGGGCGCUUUGAGCCCACCUGAGGCGCAGGGGGGGAUCUUCCUCCGGUGCUGGGGCAACCGCGACAUCUUCGACGCCCAGCGCAAGAUCGGCCAACAGAUGCACAAGGUCGGUCGGCGAGUCGAGUGGUGUAGUGAGCUGUGGGAUGUGCACUGUGUGUGUGUGUGCAGGCAUUGGAGAAAGUGGGCAUCUUCUGCAUCCAGUGCCCUGGAUACGCGUCUGCUCAGUGCGGGAGCCUCGGUGUAAGCACACAGACGCCCGUGCCGUUGGCCGCUGCAGUCAUGCGCUGCCUUGUGCCUUCCAUCCUGUUGCAGGAGCGCAAGGAGGUCGCUCUGGUUGUGGGGAUGCACUACGACAUUUUCCAGUGGAAGUGCCCCAGGGUGAGUGAGCCAGGCAAGCAGGCAAACGCCGUGGGUGCGUGCAGUCUGUGUGUGUGUGUGUGUGUGUGUGUGUGCAGGUGAUGUAUGAUUUGGCUGAGGACGGUAAGGGGCUGCUGGUGGAGCUCGACAGCGUCAUGAAGGACUGGGGGCUGCACAACCAGUGUAUGCAGGGACAAGUCGACACACAGACCACCCAACCACACAGGCGGCCACGCUAUUCGUGGUGGCUGGAUGCCAUCCAUGGUGUGUCUGUCGCGUGCAGAUGACUUGACACUCGCCUUCACACUCUUCGCCACCCUAAACCAAGACGAGAACCAGCCCCUGCAGCCAAAGGAGGCGUUCACGAAAGCGAUCAACAAAGCCAAGAGCGGUGCGAGUGGUGCUACCGCGGGCCGCAAGUGACGCCGAU